GGUACCAGAACGUGCCGCAGUCGCCAGGCAUCCGCAGCCAGCCCGUGUAUGCCGAGCACCGCUGCCCACCCGGGAGCCGGGACUACCCGGUGUACGCCUGCUCGCAGGCGGAGCGGGGAGAUCCACUGAAGCCCCACCUGAACGUGGAGGAGGCCGGGGAACUCGCGUUCGGCCCGCAGGGCCUCCACGCUUCCCCGUACGCGAGCGGCUGCGCGAGGAUGUGCAGGCCCGGGCAGCUGCUGAAGCUGUGCGCCUGCAUGGCGCUGGACGCGUGUGGCGACGCGUCCUACCUGCUGCCCGAGGUCGGCGAGGGCACCGACCUCGCCUUCGCGCCCGCGCAGGCCGUGGCGCUCAAGAUGCUCUUCAACUCCAAGUUCGUUUGCUUCGCCGGCAUCGCUGAGGAGCUUAUGCCAGGAACCGACCUCGUGCCCACGGCCACGUUCGCGUGGUUCUUGGAGACAUUUGCGCCAGAGCACUGGCUGACGGUGUCGCUGGGUAUCGAGGCGACACCAGAUUACCCGCCGAUGCAGUGCAGCCCCGGGUACGCGCAUUAGUGUAGUGCCAUGAGAACCAACAUGCUGGCUCAUCGUAGUUGACGUGGAGCGGAUUUUUCCAGGUAUUCCAGAUCAUUUGAGGUCUAGCCCUUCAGGGCUUGAGGUGUAUUCGAUCGGGCUAAACUCUACUUCGUUUUCUCUGAGUAGCCAGGCGAUCGUCUUUGGCUGUAGGACAAGCCAGGCGAUAGUUUGAAUUGCAGGCUCAGUUGCGUCCUGGCGCUCCCAUGGCGCCACAGGCGGGCCCGACGCGGUGCAUUCACCUUCUUCGCCAGCGUAUUCACGAACCCUUGCGUCCAAGAUUGUCAUAGCGCAAACCAUGCCAGGCGGAUGCACUCAGCAACAUGUCGACCACUCAGAAGUUGACCUGUCACGCCACGACGAAGCGGGCAAAACGCGAACCACGUGCGAAACGGUAUGACACGCCUGUCAUAUUAUAUCUUAAGGCGCCAUGUUCCAGAGUAUUUGGAGUACCAGGGUCCAGGCAUGUUAGAAUUUGUUGCUUUCCACCUGCGGGGGCAUACUGCUACCUGUGCCAGUUUUUGCAAGCAUGAUUUUUUCCAAGCGAAUCCCGGCUAAAGGCCGGAAUUGUUAUUCGUAUCAGUCGGACGGGACGCAUUCAAGACAAUAUUGUGGUGUUCUCACAUCUUGCGGUGUUCGGCUUUGUGAGUCGUCUUGAGUUUGCGCCCCUGUCCAUCGCCGUCGCGCUCUGCAACGACCGCGUGGCUAGCCGGUCCCAAUCAAAGUUUGGGCCGCCCGCAAAUAUUGUGGGGAGUUUCGCCAUGGUGGCAUCCGCGCCUCGGCUGGAACGUGGUGGCCGCCUCCUCAGCCUUCAGAAAGUUCGCAGGCCUAGAGGUUGACACCAACACCAAGAUCGGUGGUGUGCCUCCACCGAGGGAAGACGAUCCCGAUCUCGGUGAUGGUGGUAAUAUUCUGGCUCUGGCGUCCAAGGUGGCCAAAGUAUUGCCACCAACACCGAAAUCUAGUAUCAUCUUCCCCCUGUGGAGGCACCCCCCCGGGCUGGUGUUGGUGCCAAUGUCCAGGCCUCCAAAAAGUCUGCGG